AUGGGCUCAGACUAUAAGUCGCAGGCGUUGACACGUCUAAUUGAAGCCAACCGGCUGUUGAAGAACCUCCUCGAGUCACUCAUGACCUCGGUAUGACUUCUCUCUACCUAACUUUAUUUCAAAUCUUGUGAAACUUUUCUACCCACUCAGAGCUCUCAUUUGUCCCCAUCUAACAGAAGGAACCGCAAUUAGCAACAGAUCGUCCCUUCACCCUGGCCUCCUCGCCCCUCUUAACCGCCUUGUUGUCAAUCCUCGUGGCCGAUCGAAAGGCUCAUGUUUCCCUCCUCUGCAAUGCGUCCAUAGAGCAAGGCUCGAAACUCGGCCUGCCACCACGGCCGCUCUCCGGUCCACAGCAGAAGAAUAUACCCACGCUGGCAGACUUUAUUCGCUCCCUCACGGCCUAUGUAGAUGCUGAGGAGCAGGUUGGUUCAGUUUCGACGUCUUUUCCUUUUUCUGCAUCCCUCCGCCUUCCCACAUCCAUUCUUCUUCGUUUUCCCUCAUCCAUAUGCAACAGUUCUUCCAAGCGGAACAGACGUCGCGAGGAAUGGGAAAAACCGUCUCCCUGUUUAUGACUUUGAUUUUUCUACUGGUUUCACGGUCGCGAUAGAAGUAUGAAUUUCAGAUUUAUGAUUCCCGCCAAGACGUAGACCGUUUGUACGAGACCAGUAAAAGGCAUUUUAAUCUUUAGCUAAGUAAAUUUACGUAGUCCUCACGUGACUUGAACAGUUUUUAAAACUCAGAGAUAACAUCCGCACGCACUUCCUGACGGUAAUGGCACGAUAGUGGUUUUGAAAUCACCGCUUCCAUUUAAUUAGGUUUACUGCGAUUCACCUAUACUGUAGCAGAAAGUUGUGCCUUUGUUGCAUCCGGUUGUAAACUCCACCGAUCUUACGUUAUAGUACACUGCAUCUGUCUUUCAUAAUUUUGUAUUAAUCGAUAACUUACCUCUCCCAGCACGUCUGUCCCGGCACCCCCCUUUGUCUGCAAUGAUUAAUUCCGUUUUGUGUAGAACUUGAGCGUAGUUUCCGUGGCCGUUUGUCAUAUUUUAUUAAACUACCAUAUCAUCGAGGUUUACAAACAUUCCAGUCACAUAUUUUGCAUCCCCUUUCUUGAAAUAGUCAGUUUGGGAACCUUGGAGCGUUAAUGUUAAAUUAUUCUUAAGGAAUGAUCUUAGGAAAUGGUUUCUUUUUUUGUCACUCACUGUUUCAUUUAUUUGGACUCUUCUGUUACCCCUUGUUCUCAUUUCCUGCCCAAACUUAUGUCGACACGAACGCCUAAUCGCAGCAGUGACAUUUUGAGCGCGAUCCGAACACAUCUUCCACAAUGUCUCUCUGGAAUCAGAGUUAUGUGCUUUUUAACACACAGUUACUUUAAAGACUAGCGAACUAGUCUACUUUGUCGUUCAUCCCGUCAUUAUUAAUCAGCUUUUUAUUCUACUUUCACGUAACUGUUCUCUCUUUGUUGAUUAGAGAUGGAACACCCUCACCAGUGCAGUAGCGGCUGACCGACAGGAACUGGAGUCCGAGAUUGAGUCAGCACGACAACGGGAGGAAACUCUAAAGUCGGAAGGUAAUUUAUUCCGAAUUGUCCUCCACGAUCCCCACCUUCACUGGUACAUUCCUCUGGUAACCUCCUUGCAUAAGUUACUUUGAUGGUGGAUCUGGGAAUUUCUCUGAGGCACUACGUUCGUUCACCUAGCAUUCAAAAUUUAUCCCCAAUCCGAAAUUCGAAAUACCGUUUUUUUUCUGGAAUUAAUUUAAUCAAGAAGAGAUGACAAAAUAUGCUGAAAUCGAUGGCAUCAUAAAUUUUGGAACCUUUUGCAAGACAUCAAACGGUUAUUUCAUAUUUGCAUAACCAGAUGUUCGAUAAGAAUAAAGUCUAGAGCAAUAAAACGGCAUAGGUACUUAUUUGUACUUGUGUUUGGUAUAGCUGUGCUCACGUCUGAUCUAACCAGCCCCGAUGAGAUCAUGUACUAUACCUCUCAACGCGUGACGAUUCGCGACUGAGACCGAAUAAAAGAGGUCCAUGGACACUUUCCGAGGAUUGAGAAAGCCCUGCGAGCAUCAUUGAUUUGGGAAACAAUGUCACCCUUACCCUAUCCAUUCAGCAACAGCGUCGCCGCGAGGUAUUUGAAGUUGUUCGCCUCUUUAAAUUGACAGCCAUUAAUUCCAAAUGAUACCGUUUGGUCAGGAAUGCAACCCGAUAGCUGUCCUAUUGACUGAUGACUUUGGUGAUGACCGCUGACCACUGCCGUCUUCGUCGGUUCUGGCUCUAAAACGGGGCCGAAUUUCUGCGCGCGGGGUUUCGGCAAUGCUGGGUUAUCGAAGUUUUGUGACACCAAGGCACUUCGCAAGUUGCAUGUUAGGUGCUUGUGGGAGGUGAACUUUUAGGCGUGUGCUAACUAGAACAUGGUCAGACCCAUGAGCAUUGCCAGUUUAGGCACCACACCGAUCUAUUAUCGUGAACCCAGCCGCGAAACCUUGAACCAACUAGAAUGUAGUCUGACUGUAUGAACUUUGUUUGAAUACCAAGUAGACGUUUGUGGCGAUUUUAAAGGCGCGUAUUGGGGACAUGCAGUCGAUUUCGAUCAGCAAAAUUAAACAUCCUGUCACCAUUGUCGCACCGAGGGCCAAGUCCAGAACGGCCAGCCAGGUGACUUUCCGAAAAGUCGCCGAAUCUAGUCCGCAUAUUCCAGUCCCGAAAACAAUCAGCAUAUCAUGGCGACGGAGUCUUUGAGAUAAUUCCUGUGGUUGCGAGUAGAAGGUCUCUUUAUCGUGGCUUUCGGCAGCUGAUAUUGGUGCGCACACGGAGACGACAGAGAUGUUCGUAAAGUGACCCUUCAGUUGCACGCAACCCAUCCGGUCAUUGACUGAUUCCUAUACAAAUCGUGUACGGUUUGCUUGUUGCGAGAAGGCGGUCACCACACCGUAUCUAUCAGAAGAAUCACGUAGGCCGCUGUCGUUCAGGGUGAAGCGCGAAUCGACUCCCGGAAUCUUUUUUCCCGAGAGCCUGAGUUGGAAAUUUGGACUUCAGACAAGCAACAUACCACGUUCUGAUGAAGACUGUGCCGUCAGACUGGGUGUCAGGGUCCAGAAGCGUUUGCACAUCCCGGCAUCCAGUCUGUUCCUGGUUGAGUAAUCCAGCUCGCAUACUGUUCGUCCACACCACUGGGCCAGAGUUAGGGAGCCCGCGAACGCAGUAGCAUUGAUCAUAAUAUUGUCAUCAGGCAUUUUUUUUAUGAGGUUUUAUGGAAAUUAUGAGCUCAGGCGGGUCCCAAACAACUGCUCGGUAUGUUUAUUCGAGGUCGUCUUCUCCAGCGCUUUGGCUCAAGAACCUAACCACAAGGCGGCGGUGGCAAGCAAGCUUAUUUAAUGGCGGCUCACCGUCUCCGUGCCUCAGUGCCGCCAUCGGGAUUUUACUAGGCAGUCGGCGUGUCAAACCUCAGCUCUCCACGCCCUGCAUUGUCGCUGCAGGUCCACGACUGCCUAUUCGCCAGACCCGAGAGCUUAUCUGUUUCGCCGCUGACUUUCGCUGAACAUUGCCCCACCAUCCGCCGCCUGUGGACGCGCAGGAUAGCCAGCAGCUAGGCUAACGGGUAACCCGUCGUCUCGGACCGGAUAGGUGCGUCAACGACAGGAUGCGGCUGGCCUAGUACGUAGAUAGGGGGAGGACGGGACUUGGCGUGUGUGUGUGCGGGUCUGAAUUACAGCGAGAACUCGUCAAGCAUGGAACAUUAACCAGCCACAUGGUGAGGAUUGUGAGGUUAUCUUCGUCCUUGACAGUACUAGGUGGAUCACGUGAUUCAAUUACGUUCACAGUCCUGACUUCCCCCCCAUGGAUAGGACAUCCCAGUCGUCGCAAUAAGUUAAACCCUAGAUGCUGCCGUUCGAUCCGCCACACACCCGGUGAGGCUUCGUAACUGGAGUUUCCUGCACCCUAUUUCCCGCUCAUAGCAUCCAUGGCUUAUGACCUAGUUCCGGGGUCAGAUAGCAAGCAAAGUGUGUCAUUGCGAUGUGUUCGAGUUUCUUCGCCGCUAUGCGACGUUUUAGGAUGCACACCGAAAUAUAUGAAACUCAUCAUGGGCCAAGCUAGUUAGAGGGCUUGGAUAAAUGCCUUCAGCGAACGUAGGGGUGGGUUGGAUAACCGUAUAAUCUCCGGCUAUCUUACAUGACUCGAAUUAUUUGAUUGACGUUUACUCGGUGGCAGCUGCCACGCAGGCGAACAACAGUUCUGCGAAAGAUGGACAUUUCCAACCUCUGAUCUAGCCAAUUCAGAUGGUGCGCUCGCGUCCUCUUGGAUAGGCGCCUGGUCCUUGGACUAAUAACCUGCUCCUCGGCAAUAAGUGAAGAUAUAAAUGCACAUUGAAGAUGCCUGUAGGAGCAGUCUACCCUUUACCGUCGAGGCGAAGAGGGGGAGCGCUUCAGAAAAUUAAUCCUGUGCAUGCUGUAGCAGAGUUUGGGGGUUGUAUUACACCAGCCGAGUUCCCAAAAGGCAGUGGAAAAAAUAGUUCUUCCACUCCAACCGUCGGUAGACCUUCCGUGUAUUUUGCUUGAAACUUUUCUGGUAAACUGUUUUUCUGCUGUGUUUCGUGUGAAAGCGAGUUCGCUUUCCGUCGUAUCCGUAGUGUAUAUUUAAUGGCCGUUCAAAGUCAAACAAGGAGUCGCCAAACUUAUGAUUUUAUUAGGUUCUAUUUGUUCUGCUACCUCUGGCUUGUCCAAGUCUUAAAUUUGGAGCAGAAUUAAUUGACAGAAUGUUGGCCGGAUUUCUGAACCUGAUUUGUUUGAACGCAAUCCCCUGCCGGUCGCCCAAAAAUAAGGCCAAAGGACAUAUUUUGCACGACGAAUGCGUAUAACUAUAAAGCACGGUGUUUGUGAGCUUACUUUAGAACACCCGGAGUACGCUGGUUUUGUGUUAUGAUCCGAUUGCCUCACUUAUCUCUCCAAUACUCUAUCACUUGUCCAGUUGUCUUUGUGGUCAUUUAGUGCCUUAAUACGCCUGUUUAGUUUCUAGCUCACUUUUGGGGUUACACGUGGUUAUGCCCUUUCAUCUUAUGUGUUUCAGCAUCGAGCACUCUUUCUUUUGUCUUACUUUACUAGUAACACGGCUCUCGAAAGAGCUGACCGCUCGCGAUGCAGUGCUUCUAGAGAAAGCAGCCUCAGUGGAUAAACAACUGGCUGCCAGUCAGCGGGAACGGGACCUCCUCCGGACGAAAUUGGAGGAGACAACGAUGGAGUUCCAAAAGUUGACUGCCACUUUAGAGCAGACUCGGUGA